CGAGGACCAGGCAAAGUACGACGCGGUGGAAUACGUGCUGUAUGAUGCAUUGAGGGCUUGUCAGUGUACGAGAAGAGACAGUCACGGCCCCCUCCCCCCCCCCACGAACUCGCUUCAAAACGGUCUAUUCUAUUAUCAUCUCUAUUGAAUUAGAUACAGCCGAUAAAAAUGGCUGCCGAUAGCGUAUCUGUACAUCCCACGACCCUGGAUGCGAUGUUCGAUCUGUCUUCGCCGUCCAGGGAGCAAUACGACCCUGUUCGUCUGACAUCCGCUCAGGCGCUCGCAGUCCUGCAGCUGUCUCUUGCGAAGGAGGUUUUUGGACAUAACGACGCAGAACAGAGCGCGCUGGGACAGGUGUCUAGCAAGGAUGUAUCAUACACUGCAUUCGUCACGGAGAAGGUCAAAGCAGUCUUCCUGGCUCAGACCGAUGAUCUCACGGUAGAGGCAAAACGCUCGCAACUGCUGCAUAUCGGUCUAGCAGCGCUCUUCAGCUUCCUACAGUCCAAUGUGACUGGCCCUCCGCUGGAAUUUUCACCGGCAGAAACUGUCUUGCCGCCGGUCCUGCGGACCACCGCUUCGGCCUUGAGAGGAAUUAGAGACCAGGUUAUUCGAGAGCUUUCUGUCGAUGGAGAAGCAGCCUAUAAGCUCACGCCCAAUGUUGAGCUCUUCUCUGUAGCGAAGGCUAUCUUAGUUGAUGCCGAUGUCCUAGUUCAGGACAACAGCCCUCUGUUGGCAAGGGUGGCGAGGAUGCGAGUCAACUUUCUCCAUCAGAAGAUGCUCUCGGAAGUCACGACGACUUUGCAGGACGCCAUAUACGUGGAUCUGGAUGUGCUUGCUAAAACCAUGCUUCCGUCUCAGUCACCAUCGACUACAGAGGAGAAAGGGAGGUUUCUCCUUGAAAGAGCAACUAUUCACACACAUCAUGGCUUUGACGCAAAGGCCCGAGCUGACCUUGAGCGGGCGGCAGCAGUGAAAGGAUUUGAGUUCGCACUGACAGGAAGACUGGGGAAACGGACCAAGUUCCAGGAACGCGACGUGAGCCAGCUGGUCGUGCUGGCCCAAAGUGCGGAGAGUCCACCCAAGGAGACAACAGAGAGUCAGUCGCAAGAAUCCUCUGGGCCCAAGAAACUAGAUCUCAACGAUGACACCCUGCUGGAGGCCAUUUCCUUUACAAAGGAAGACAGCCAGAAUACCAAGGAGAAAUCAGUCACUGUGCAAGAAGAGUCGUCCCUGCCAUCUGCGCUGGCCUCUCUGGAUCCUGGGAACCAACCGUUACUUGACCCCGUCGACUCUGCGAUCCUUCUUGCUCUAGCCUCGGCUAUCACAAACACGUCUCCCGAACAUGGUUUGACGCGCGAGGAGACGCUUCCGUAUGCGACCCGUGUUCUGGAGGGCGGCAGUUCCAACUGGCAGAUCUAUACCCAAGCUCUCCUAGUUCGAAGCCGAGUGGAAGGCUUUCGAUCUCGGACCGUCGAGCGGAGUGUUCUACAAAUGCAAGCACUUGUCGACCAGGUGAUUGCAGACACUGCCACGCUCGACACUGAGGUGGAUGCUUCCAAAGACGAGCAACCUACAACCUUCCUGCCCAGACCUGAGAAAUCGGAGUCAGCGCCAGCCGACCAAAGACUCGAAUACAUCUGGCUGCUGAACUUCUCCACUCGCUGGAGUCUUGAGGCUGAACUAGCCCAGAGAUGGGUGGAUCUCGGCGGGCUGCGGACUGCCCUCGAGAUCUACGAACGCCUGCAUAUGUGGGCCGAAGUCGCACUCUGCUAUGCCGCCACGGAGCGAGAGGACAAAGCCAGGAGUCUCGUCCGCAGGCAGCUCUACGAGCCUACUAAUAAAGACGAAGAGAAUGAUGAUGACACGUACGAGGGACCCGAGCUGGCCCUCCUGCCUGCGAACGCACCCCGUCUUUUCUGCAUCCUGGGAGAUAUCGACAAAGACCCGGCCUUGUACGAGCGUGCGUGGGACGUGUCCAAAAACCGCUACGCUCGUGCGCAGCGGUCUCUUGCCCGCCACUGGCUCAUGACCAAGCCCCCACAGCCAGAGAAGGCCGAAGAGGCGUAUCUCAAGAGUCUGCACAUCAACCGUUUGAACCACGGUGCCUGGUUUGCGCUGGGAUGUGUCCAGCUGGAACUCCAAAAGUGGGAAGAGGCGAUCCAAUCAUUCACCCGAACCGUCCAGCUUGAAGACACCGACGCCGAAGCCUGGAGUAAUCUUGCAGCUGCCAUGCUACGGGUUUCGGAGUCGGAGCCUAGUGAAACUGCUGCUACUACGGAGCCAACCCCCUCGUCCGCCGAUGAUGAUGAGCAGCAACCCGAUGAAGGCACCGAAGAGCCCAAGGAAGAGCCGUACAAGCGUAAGCGCGAGGCCCUGGCUGCGCUCCAGCGCGCCGCCCAGAUCAAGCACUCCGACUCCCGCAUCUGGGACAACCUUCUCACGGUGGCGGCGUCCAUCCCGCCGCCGUACACGCCGCUCCGGGAAAUUGUCAACGCGCAGCGGCGCGUGAUCGAGAUCGUCGGGGCGAAAAAGGGCGAGAAAUGCAUCGACCUGCGCAUCCUCGGCAUGCUGGUCGACCACCUGGUGACCAACUACGAAUACGAGAACCUUCUCAUCCCGAUGGAGACAGAGACCGGCGAUGGCUCCACGACGCGUAUUCUCCGCAGCGGCACAACCCCGGGCCAGAUCAUCUCGCUGCUCGACGACCGCGUCGUCCCGCUUAUCACGCACUCGGCACCGCUGUGGCUGCUGGUCGGCCGGGUAGAGCUCUUCCGCGGACGGCCCUCCAAGGCCCUCGAAGCCCACGAGAAGGCAUGGCGCGCCGUCGUUGCCUCGUCGACGCAGGGCGCCUUCCAGAUGGGCGAGGAGAAGAAAUGGACCGAGAUCGUUGCCGCCACGGAACGGCUCGUGCGCAACGGCUACGCAAAGUACGGGCCCAUGGAGAAGGAAUCUCAGGACGGCGGUCAUCCAGGUUCAGUUGCCGAGGGCGAGGCAGAGCUCGUCGCCAAGGACUGGAGGUUCAAGGCUCGCAGUGCCGUCCGCGGCAUCAUGGGUAAGGGUAAGGAGUUCUGGGAGGAUAGCGAUGGAUGGGCACGUUUGAAGGCACUGCAGUCGGAAGUCUCGGGGGGGCAAUAAUGCAUGGAAUGCAUUCUAGAUCUGCCAAUCGUCUAGUAUACUUUAUACAGAGUUUACUGAUGAGAAAAAAAAUCUACUCAAAACAUUUACUAUCCAUGUUAUCUUAGUUAAUGUUUGGAAAUUUCUACUUUUCCGAUAAAACUUUUCU